AUGACAAUUGUACCCCUGUUCAACAUUGGGCUAACUGUCAGUCACCAGAAGAAUAUUUUCCUCAAUCACCAAACAUGUAAAUGGAUCGAAUUCCCGGUGGUGAUCAGUCGUGCGACCCGGCUUUCGAUGGUGUUGCUCAUGGCCAUCAUACUGAACAGGCGCAUCUACACUCCGUUGACCACCACGGCUAACGCAAAUACGGUGUUCAACACCUGCACGGUGUUCAUCUGGCUACUGUCCGUCGCAAUGUCCUGUUUCUGCAACUACAUUCUGAGCGGCAGCACGCUGAGCAUGGUGACGCUCUGGUCAGUGCGCUUAUUCAUGUUGGUUCUGGCCAUCGGCAUGUUCCUCCAUGUGUACUUCAGCAGCCAAACGAAAGCCCUAGACCUGAGCAUCAAUACCGUACAGGCAUCCCUGCCAGAGCGUAUGCGUCUCUGGAGCAACAUCUCGUACGUGAAGAACAUUCUUCCAUGGGCGAUUAUGCACUGCUUGUGGAUGACGCUGACGGCGGUCGUGUCAUUCACCAUUUUCUACUACAACACGAAGAUGAGGUGGCCUGUGAGGAUAAUUCUUGCCGUGUCCGCCUCCCUGAUGCACGCGCUGGACCUGUUCGUCCAACCGAUCAUGCUCAUUCGCGCCAGCUACAGUCUCAGAUGUAAGAUAUACAAGUGUCACCCAAUAAUCCGGUCAAUGUUCAUCGGCUGUGUCAUCCCGAAGAACUCUAUUACUACAGUCGCCAACGGCGUACCAAUGGGACUACCGCACUUCAAAGGUCCAGCUUCACGAACACAUUCAUGCCCCAGUGGCUCGGUAGUGACCGCCCGAUCGUCGGCCGCCUUCCUUUCGCUUCCGCCAACGAUUCAUUCACGUGAGGUCAGCGACGACAACGGACGAAGCGUCCUUAAGGUCAUUCGGUCAAACCGCAAAACGUCCGAAACGCUGACAGGAAGCUUCCAGAACGAGCUCGGUUUCGCAUUACAGAGAUGGGUUGUCGACGGCGACGGGGGCACAAGACAACGACUGAUCAACCCACCGAUGACCUUCGUGGUGCCCAGUGGCUCGGCAUUCCCUGAGACUGCUCAAACCGCCAUGGGCUUAUCGCUCCACCUCGAUGAGACGCCCUCGCUGACUGAUUUCCGACAAAUAGACCUUUGGCACCAACUCUGCGGCUGGCAGAACAAUCGAGGAACAGCUGGCAACAGCAUGGCAAAAACCGAAAUCGAUGUCAUGUAUACGGUGUGCGAAAUCGACCUCACGAAUCCGUACGAUAGGGUCUACACCUUAUAUCGCGAUAUAACGAAGUGGCACCAAGCGCCUAAACUUGUUCGUCAACCUGAUGACCAGAUUCAUUUUGGGGGUGAAAACACGGGGUGGACGCAAUUUUCUUGUCGCGCGAAAGGACGCCCUGCUCCAACUUAUGCGUGGUUUAGGGAUUCAAUCGGCAAAGAGAUCGAUCCUCUUCAAGAAGAAAACGUGAUCAAAAUAGGAGGUGAACUAUUGCUUACUAAUCUCUCAAGCAAGGACUACGGCACAUACUACUGCAUGGCUCAAAAUGCCUACGGAUCAAUCAUCAGUGCCAGAAGUCAAUUAAUCGAAGCCUUUAUCGAGCCGUUCGCUACAAGUCGUCUGGACGUUUACGCAAUCGAGAACAUGGGCAAAGCGGUCGCCUGUCAAUCGCCCAGUUAUUUUCCGUCGGAUGUCCAAUACGCUUGGAAGCGAGGAGUGCCGGAUCAUUUUCUGCAGGAAUCGCAACGAAUAUUCUUUGGGCGAGACGGUACCCUUUACUUUUCGCAUUUCCUUAGGGACGAUGAGGAUUACUACUCAUGCAACCUGAUCAUGCCUCUAAUGCAGACCGGCCGUUACGGGCCACCUUUCAGACUGAGAGCCAAAAGAUCGUUCGAAACAACGGCCUUCUUCAAGCCGGUUAUUCCGCCAGAAAUGCCUCACAUUUGGCCUCAGAACCCGACCUUCCAUGGACAAGCGAUCCUCGAGUGCUUUGCUUUUGGCAGGGUGCUGAUGAUCAAGUCGAUCGCCUACCAAGACGUCGGAAACUACACGUGCGAAUCAAAAAACAGUCAGGGGAAAGCUGUCAAAACUGUCGCUCUGAAAGUCUACGCGGCUCCUAAAAUUUUCCAAAUAACGCCUGACACGUACCGGUACGUCGGCGAUAGGGUGACGUUCAAGUGCGAAGCCGUGGGCAAUCCGCCGGUCGAAUACGAAUGGUUCCACGACGGCAAACCGGUCAGUCCCCUGCUGCUCACGUACGACGAGGCGCGACGCAUUUCGCCAAGGGGAAACAGACUAACCUUAAGUCCACUACGAAAGGCCGAUUCCGGAGUCUACCAGUGCAUAGUGACGAAUAGCCUCGGACAGGAUACUGCUAGCACACAGCUUUCAGUGGGGACGGUGCCAUCAAACAUGCAGGACGUUCAUCAAGAUCCAGUGAUUUACGCCAUUGUCGGAGAAAACUUGAAGAUCAAAUGUAUUGCGUUUGCAUCCAUGCUGAACUCGUGCCUUUGGCGACAUGAAGACAAGAUAAUAACAUUGCCAGAGGCGACAAAGAUCCAGCCAAAUUGUGAACUGUACAUCACGUAUUUGCGAACUCACAACUCGGGACAUUACAGCUGCGAGGCUUCUAACGGCUACGAGCUGAUCAAAAGACGAUUUUUGGUAAAGGUGCUCGACUUUUUUAACAUAUCCGUGUACUCCAUCCGUCACUCGGUGAAUGUCCGCGAAAAAGCGACCCUCCAUUGCCGACUGUCCGAGGUGGCAAACCUAGAGACACCGGUAUGGUGGACGUUCAACGACCGGGAGAUUUCUUCGUUGGACCAAUUCAGAAACAUUGAAAUGUCUUACCGAUCGCACCAGCAGACCCUCAUCAUCUCAAACGUCACCAUCUCGCACGGCGGUUCUUACCGUUGCCAUACCAGUUUCCGCAGCGCUGAUGUCGUUUCUAACCCAUUCAUACUGAAAAAGCAGCGGCUGCACCCAAAGGCCAUCACGGAUUCUUGUACUCCGAACCGUGUCGAGACGCGCAGCAUCAGCGAUUCCCCUCAGAAUGCCCAUUGCAGCCGCUUGUACCUGGGACAGAAGAAUUUCAGUCAUCGUCAACGACUCAUGACCGUAGGAGAACCACCGAUGCCAUCACACGUUGCAGUCGAUCGCGAGUCUUACUAUUUGCGCGUCUAUUGGAGGAUGCCCCCUGCAAGAGAAGACACGACGGUUACCGUGACCGUCUUUCGCCUGGAAUGUCGUAAUUUGACCAACGGACAAUGGGUGAUACUCAGCGAACAUAUUCCGUCAAGCAUUAAUGAAGUUCGUCUGUCUGACGGUAUGUCCCCGUAUACCUGGUACAGUUUCCGCGUAUUCGCGAAAAACGACUUCGGUUGGAGUGCAGCCAGCUUAGCUACCGCCUGGAUACGAACAAAUCCAGGUGGACCUAAAUUUCCGGUCUCUCGCUUAAGCACUGACGUUGCAGGUCCAGGUGAAAUGAACAUUAUUUGGCAGCCGAUCUCAAAAGAAUUCUGGGGCAGUGACCAACUUGGAUACUUGAUCGAAUGGUCUCUGGCCAACAGUACUGAAGAAGGGCACGAGAUUCAACUUGGACUAAGUGACCACUGGCCAGUCGACAGUUGCGCAGUGCAGGCCAACGUUCCCCGCGGAUGCGCAACGUACCAGGUGAGUUAUUGCUUGAAGAUGGUACCAUACUAA